GUAAAGCAGUCUGACAAUGGGGCUGCAGUGGACACGAUUGCUAGUUGUUUAAAGGCAUUUUUUUUUACAUAGAAAAUACAUUUUUCACCCCACUGCUUCAGUCAUAUCGCUUUAUUAAUACAGUCAGAGAAUAUGGCGGAGAAGUUUGACAACCUAGAGGAGCAUUUAGAGAAAUUUAUCGAGAAUAUUCGUCAACUCGGAAUCAUUGUGAGUGACUUCCAGCCGAGCAGCCAAGCGGGUCUCAACCAAAAACUAAAUUUUAUGAUUUCCGGACUGCAAGAUAUAGAGAAAUGCCGUCAACAGCUACACGAGAUUAACGUUCCGCUGGAGGUCUUUGAAUAUAUUGAUCAAGGGCGAAAUCCACAGCUGUAUACUAAAGAGUGUCUGGAGAGAGCCUUGGCCAGGAAUGAGCAGGUCAAAGGCAAAAUUGACACCAUGACGAAAUUCAAGAGCCUUUUAAUUUCGGAGCUCAGUAAAGUGUUUCCAGAAGACAUGGCCAAAUAUAAGGCAAUGCGUGCAGAAGACCCUCCCUCUUAGUGAUCCUGACUACAGCCUAUUGAACUGUUAAUUGAUGCCUCAGUUAACCCAACAUUUUGGCAGUGAUUGCCAAAAUGAUGCGAUUUUUAAUUCUUGUAUUUGAAGACCAGCACCACAUGAAAUGGAUUUUCAGUGCUGACUCAGUUUGACUCAACCAUCCCUCUCUCUGGGAAGAUGUCAAAGCAAAUGCAACCAAGGCAGAUUUAAAGCAGACUUCUUUUGUGUGUUCUUCGAGUGACUUAGGUGCCAAUCACUUAAGAUAUUUGGAUAAGAAACAUAUGAAAACCCUUUCUGUCAUUGCAUGCUUAGUGAAUUACCUCCCCUGAUCUACUGUAGUUCCUUCAUGACCUACCAUAUUUUCUAUAAAGGUCAAAUUUCUACUUGCCACACAUACUUAUUUAAAGGUUCUGUUGGAUUCUUUUUUGUAAUUUGUUACAGGUUUGUAUAAUGUCUUUUGUAAAUAAAUCACCAAUGUAACAAA